UUGCUUGCCCGUCCUUUGUGUCUGUCCGAGGCAUCCAUCUCAUCAACAUAGCUCUGUUCGUCUCGGCGUGUGUUGGCACUGGCUGCUGACGAGUACCGAAAUUAUCAACCACUAGGUUGACAUUGACGGAACCAUAUCACCUCCUCUGGGCCUUCCAGCCCUCGUCUACGUCACUGUCGUUUUCUCGAUUUUUAUUUUAUUCAAAUCACUCCCUUCUAUGGAUCAGCAAUGGAUCGAAUAGACAGUGCAUGCGCUGCAUCCUCGUCGCCUUCAAACAUGGCCAACCAAGAAUCCCUGCCGCUUCACAGGAGCAAGAGCACAUCGACUCGCCAACCCGCAUCUAAAACAUCGGCCGUUGGAUCUUCAUCCGCCCUGCACCUCGCCCACAUGGACCACCGACGUCCCGUAUCAGAACACCGCUCACGCCCACUCCGCCAGCAAUCCACCACGUCGUCAGAAAACUCGACCAACCGAUCCAAAAGCCGAGGCGGCCAUGGCUCCAAACCCUCGUCGCGCCGCACCUCGUGCACCAUUGUAGAUCCCUCGAGGCCAGCGCGUCACUACCGCAUCAAGAGUUUCCAAACCCCGUCUGCCGCGCCCCCGACACACGACAUUGACGAUGUGCUCGCCCUCCACUUCCGCAGCUGCAGCAUCUUCACCAACCCCUCGUACCACGCCAGCUCGGCGCUGCCCUCGCCCACGCUCUCGCAAUCCGACGCGCCACCCUACUAUCCCACCACCGCCACGCGCUUCAGCACCGACGACUCUCUGCGCGUCGUCCAGGAAUGCCCCCCCACUGCCGACCCCCCAACCACCCAAAAGACAAACACCACCAUGCACUGGACCUCGCCCUGCACCCGCAAACGCGAAUACGAACGCAUCGACAAGGCAAAUAGCGGCCUGCGCGGCUUCCUCCGCAAAAUCACGCCGAGCUCUCUUUCGGGUCCACACGAAUCUUUCUACAACGACAAGAUUCAGAAUCACUCGGAUGCUGGCUCCGUGCGUCGCUAUCGCAUUUCCACCGAUCGUCUUGCUGUGCAUCAUGGCGCCAUGGAGGAAAAACAAGAUGGAGAGACCAACAAUCAUGACAAUCAUAAUAACAAUAGACCGCGCACGAGUCCUGUCCCCAGACCGGCGAGUAGUAGGAGGAAGAAGAAGAAGUGGAUUUGUUUCUGAAUCUGCUUUUGAGAAGCUCAGGGCUGGAAACUACCAUGAUGAUGAUGAUGACGAGGAAGAGUCGACGCCAUAUUGACUUGUUCCCCACGCCUCGGCUCGGCUCGACUCGACUCGGCUGCACAUACCACCACUAUUCAUCCAUCCAUCCAUCCAUCCAUCCACGCAUAUCGAUACAGCACGUGCGUGCC